CACACGUCUGCUGCUAUCAGCCGGUCCCCGUGCUAGCGGGGCGGAUACUACCGUGUGGGAGAAGCAGCCGUAUGGCGGCGUGUUUUUACGGCAUCAACCCGCAUCGUUGGUCGUUUUAUCCGAUAAAGACUCGACCCUCCGACCAUGGCUCAUCUCACUCAAAACCCCGCUGACAAAGAGAGGUUCAUCUGCGUUUAUCCGAUCUACAUCAACAGCAAGAAGACUCUGGCUGAAGGACGAAGGAUCCCAGCAGAGAAGGCAGUAGAGAAUCCUUCCUGCGCUGAGAUCAGAGACGUGCUGACGGCCGCCGGGCUCAAUGUCUACGUGGAGAACAAAAUGCAUCCAAGAGAGUGGAACAGAGACGUGCAGUUCAGAGGGCGAGUCAGAGUUCAGGUGAAGCAGGAAGACGGAAGCUUCUGUGUGGACAAGUUUACAUCCCGUAGAGAGGUGAUGUUCUACGUAGCAGAGAUGAUCCCUAAACUAAAGACCCGGACUCAGAAGAGUGGAGGAGGAGAUACCAGCUCUCAGCAGGGAGAAGGAGGCAAGAAGAGCAAGAAGAAGAAGAAAUAGAUGCACAUAAAUGCAUCACAUGUUUUCCUUUUUGAAUAUGACGUCAGAAACUCAACUAUUUCUUGUUUUUCUUUGGGGUUUUAGUUCUAAACUCUGAGUGUCGUUCAUCUGUUUCCUCUUCAAACAUUUAUAUUAUUUAGUCACGUCAUUGUGUCACUUUUGAAGACAUGAACAAUAAAAGUUUUUUUCCAUUCA